AUGGCCGUUGCCAAGCGGCAGGACAUGCCAAUCAAAUUCGAUAGCGACGGCGUCUGCGUCUGCUGCGAACUACAGCACCAGACCUCGGGCUGCAGCAACCUCGGCGAGACGCUGAAGCUGAACCCUCUGCAGGACUGCAACGACCUGUUGUUUACCGUGUGCGCUCUCAAUAUCGUCUCCACGAUUGUCUGCGCUCUGGCCACGGCUAUGUGCUGCAUGCAAAUGGUCUCCUCUGAUGUCCUGCAAAUGUUCAUGCCACAGAGGCUGCAGUCAACCAACACCGACUGCAUGACGUCCCACGGAACAAUCCGGCACCAGACCCUGGAUUUUGACGAGUUUAUCCCUCCUAUUCCACCUCCCCCCUACUACCCACCUGAAUACACCUGCACCCCCGUGAUAGAAGCACAAAGAGGGCUCCACCUGGACUUUCCUCACUCGCCCUUCAGCACUUUGUACGAGGUUGCCAUUAACAGCCCCGGGAUUGUCUACCCAGCUGAGCUGCCCCCUCCAUACGAAGCCGUAAUUGGACAAGCGCCCGCUCACCAGGACUCUGCAAACCGUUUCCUGCCCGCCGGGAAGCCGAGGGACCCGAGGAAAGCCGACCUUCCCCGAAAGCCAAAGGCCUUAGAGACUCUCUGCAAAGAACGUCCCCACUCCUUAGUCGACCUGCAGACCUAUAAAGACACUAAGAUCCUGGUGGCCAAAUUCUUGGAACAUUCGAACUGCAACCUCCCGCCGGAGGUGCGCCACGUGGUCAACAGCAUCCGGUCUGUCAUCAAGUCGGACGAGCGACACAUGGAAGAAGCCAUCUUCAGCGCUAAUAUCAUUGACCAGGUCAUCACGAGCUCCCAGCAAAAUGUGGACACCUCACGUAAGCGGCUGCAGGAAGACCUCCACCUUCAGAGCUGUGGAGCGUUGAGCUCGCCCGUUGCCUUCCUUCGUCGGGCCCACAUCCGGCACAGUCUAGAGCGGGGCAGGCCGCACAGUUUAAUCGGAGUCUGCCGAGAGACUAUCCUUUGA